AUGGGUGCAUCGGAUAGGCAGCAACAGCAGGGUGUUGAGGGCAGCAGGAACUCAGUUUCUCCUCAGGGUGCGGGCUCGAGCAAGGCCAUAAAGAGGCUGUCAAGCCAUUCGAGCCGAAAGUCGUCACGAUGCGAUUUGCAAGGGUUCAACAGCCCGGCGGCAAUGGAUGACUGCCCCAAUCAGCGGAGUUUCAAGACGCAAUAUGUCAUUAAUGAGUCGCUGUAUCUGGAGAAACUAAAGAAAACCGCCCUGGACGACUACUAUACGAGGGGAAUCAUGCCCAUAUCGCGCUACGACGAAGAUGGCGACGAUGACGGGUUUGUUCGGCUACCCAAUGGUGAGGAAAUUGAAGAAGAGCUCGACUCAGGGUUCGAUUUCCUCACUGGCACGUCUUACUGUAGGAAAAUGAGGCUGGACUACGACGAGCUUGCUCAAGACUACAGCGUCGUUGAGCGAUUUAAAUGGCAAUCGAUGCUGGCUAAAGUGCUAAAGGGCGAUAUUGUCAAGAGCGAAAAGACCAGAAUUGCCAACCAGGUCAAGAAACCGGGGUUGAAUACGGAGCUCUCGGACGAGAUAUGGCUCGAGUUGAAGGCGUGGCUGAACGGGAAGACCGUGCAGGAGAUGGCACGGUCGCUGGGGUAUUUGAGGAACAACUCAGACUCCCUCUUUAAAGAAAUUAUGGAGUUUCGAAUCCCGCAAGACAAGAAUUUGAGCUUGGAUGCAUUGACGGCAAUCUUGCAAGAUCUCUUGGACAGAUACAACACUGUUGUUUCGUAUUGGCCCAACUUGAGGAAGAUGCACAGGGACAAACCGAUUGUCAAGAGUGCAGGAUUCACCGCCAGGGUGGACGUUAUCAACUCGUGGUUGAAUUUUAAAACGAAUCUGGCGUUGAAAAGACAGGAGCUGGACAGUUGGAUAAACCGCUGCUCGCCGACGGGCAGUACGGCCAAUUUCGAAGAGGGCUUCAACGGUGUGCCGGAAUGGAACUUCAAGCUAAAAAGCCUUGCCGAACAAUUGGUGAAGGAGAAGGACAUCGAGUCCGUAUUUCAGAAGAAGAUUUUCUACCCGUUGUCGCCCUGGAUGUUCAAGCUGAAACUGAGUAUUAUGGUCUAUGGAGGAACACUAGAAGAGAUGAACUUGAAAUAUCCGUAUGAAAGGCUGAAAUCGCUGCUGAUUUUCCCCGGCUACUUGAUCAAGGAAGUUAUUUUGACCAGACUGUCAUAUGCACAAAAACUGAAAACCCCGACAAUGAUGAUGAUCGACCAGACGAUCGACGAUUUCAACUCCUUCAUUAGAUUGGCCGUGCAACUGAAAUACACGCUCACCAAGUAUUGCUCCGAUUGGCCCUUUGAUGUGGAUUUUGACCCGACGUUCGAAAACACGGUCAUAGAAGCCAUCCGCUACUUAUUCUUCCUAUUGAAUUUGAAGUUAAUUGAUUCCGCUAAAAAAAACUUCAAAGCUCCUGAUAUACUCCUGAAGUAUUGGGACCAUCUAAAAAAUGUCGGCCAUUAUAUAAAGGGUGCGGAAACCGUCAUUCCUAAUGAAUUUCUCAAGUUAACCUUAAGAUUGAUCCACAAGUUGCAAUUCUACCUCUCGGAACAACAGGACUCUCCGCCAACUUUUGCAAACGCCUCAGAGGCAGAAAAAUGGUUGAGCUCUAUUUUCGAAAACUUGGGCGCCAUGAAAAGGAAACUAAACCGGUUUAGCAAUAUUCUGACAAAGGCAUUCCAAAAUUCCGUGGUUUUUCAGAUCAACCAUGGUACAAAUCUUCUGAAAAAAUUAAAGGAUGCUGGCUAUUUUUUAAUUCAUUCCGGUGGAAAGUUGCAGUCCAAUGGCAUAUAUCUGUUGGCCACUCCUGAACUGCUGGACGGCGACGAUGAUGCCAUCUUGAGUAUUCUUCAAAACAAGGCCAUUGGCUGUGAUCUUGUCCCCAAAUUAGACAUUGGAAAUAACUUGAAUCUGUAUGAUGUUACAGCGGAGGAAACAAGGUCAAAUAUUUUAAUGGCGAAGGAGGAGAAUGCCAAAGGCAUUCCUUACUAUCGUGUAGUGGCGAACUUAUCGGCGCAUUUAAACAAACAUUCCCAUCAUUCGAAAGGAGAGAAAUCUUCAACAACCCAUUAUGAUCGGUACCUUAAGGAAGAGAACAAGGAAAUCCUGGAGUUAGAGCUCGCCUUGAACUCGUUGGGUGCAUUAGUGGUACUGUUUCCUGGAGAGCCGGUGGUGUGGGAGGGGCAAAUAUAUGAGCUUUCUAAUGACAGCAUUUUGCAUUCUAGCGAUAUCAAUUUGAAGAAAAUCGGCAGUCCAAAUUCUUUGAUCUUACUUAAUCAAGGUUCAAAUUACGCACUAACUUAUCAAGUCGACAAAUUUAGUCUGAUCGCGGGUGAUUCUGUCUCCGUCAAGGAAAGGCGCUGUUCAAUUGAUGCAAUUGAAUCUUCCCUACAAAGAAUCAAUAAGGCGUAUUACAAGUUCACUUACACAGUUUUGGAUAAUUACAACGGAAUUUUAAGCAGCUUUAUGGAACAAUGUCCAGGGAGCGAGUUACUGAACACGAUAUUCAUGUUUGGAAGGGACUUCGGAAGAAGCUUCCUGAAAAAUAAUUCCUUUACCGCAAAGAAAAAAUCUGUCAUUGCCUUGUCAAUGGUUAAAUUAAGUAUAAACUGGUUGAAAUUUCUUGUUGAAGACUGUGAUCCCACCGACCAGCGAACCUUUAGGUGGUGUGUUUUAGCGAUGGAGUUUGCCAUGCAAAUGACCAAUGGCUAUAACAUUUUGGCAUUGGACGAAGAGCAAUUCCAAAAAUUAAAGGAAAGGAUUUCUGUAUGUAUGUCUUUAUUAAUUUCGCAUUUCGAUGUCAUGGGUGCAAGAGCUACGGAAACUGAAAAUGGUACACAACAGGCAAGAUUGAAUAUUGACAUUGAAGACAACAUCGAUGAAGAAGCAACUCUACAAAUAAACAGUAAAUUGAGAUUAGAAGCUAUCGAAUAUUUGGAAAAUACUGUGAAGAAGAACCCAAGGCAAAUGGGGAAAGUCUUGGACGCUACGGAUCAAGGCAACAAAUAUUUACUAUCACUAGCGUCGUCGCUAUCAAAUGUUUCGAUGAGAUGGCAAAAGGGCAGCUUUAUUGGUGGGGGGACAUUUGGACAGGUAUACUCUGCAAUAAAUCUAGAAAACGGUGAGAUCCUGGCCGUUAAGGAAAUAAAGAUGCAUGACAUAAAGACAAUGAAGAAGAUCUUUCCCUUAAUUAAAGAAGAGAUGACCGUACUGGAAAUGCUGAACCAUCCUAAUGUCGUCCAGUAUUACGGGGUCGAAGUCCAUCGCGAUAAAGUUAAUAUUUUCAUGGAAUAUUGUGAAGGUGGCUCGUUGGCCAGCUUGUUAGAUCGUGGAAGGAUUGAAGAUGAGAUGGUCACGCAAGUGUAUACGCUGGAACUACUAGAGGGUUUAGUGUAUUUACACAAAUCCGGGGUGGUGCAUCGUGAUAUCAAGCCGGAGAAUAUUUUAUUAGAUUUCAAUGGGAUUAUAAAAUACGUUGAUUUUGGCACAGCACGAACUGUCGUGGAAUCAAGUACUAGGGCUCUACAAAAGGCAGCCACAGGUGACCUUCAAGAAGCUGAACCCGAAACAAAGCCUGUGAACUGCAUGAUGGGUACACCGAUGUAUAUGGCGCCAGAAGCCAUUUCGGGCUCUACAGUGAAGGGCAAGCUAGGAGCAGACGACGUAUGGGCAUUGGGAUGUGUUGUCCUCGAAAUGGCCACAGGUAGACGGCCCUGGUCCAACUUGGAUAACGAAUGGGCUAUCAUGUACCACGUGGCUGCAGGCCAUGUCCCGCAAUUGCCCAGUACGGACGAAAUGACUCCAGCUGGGAGGGCCUUCUUAGAAAGAUGUUUGGUCCAAGAUCCUAGCAUGAGAGCUACUGCCACGGAACUACUAGUCGAUCCCUGGAUGAUGCAUAUCCGGGAAAUAGCAUUCGGUGGCUCAGACAAAGAUAAAAUAUCCGUCGCAAGCUCAUAG